AUGUACAGGCUAGCCAACGGGAAAGUCCUCCUUCGUGUGAUUCUUUUCCUGGCCUGUACACAUAUAACCAUUAUCGUAAGUUCCCAGGGAUGCUACAGUAGAAGCAGCCGUAUCGGCACCAGGUUAACCAAGGUGUCCUUCCCCAAUGGAGUGAACCUAUGGAGACGGCCAUAUUACUUUGUAAAGCAGAAGAGAUGUCCAAAAAAUUGCAUAAAAAAGAUAAUCAACAAAUUGCACGAGUCAAACACGCAGAGACCAGAAAGGAAGUUGGAUUGUUCCGAAUUAAACAUAAGAAAUGAUAAGAAAUUUGAAAAAUAUGCAAGAAAACCAGCAAGUCCAAUGUCCAACCUGUUUUAUUUUUCUCCUUUUAAAAAUAUCAUAAGCAGUUUUGAACCCGUUGACAUGGACAUCAAAAGGAAGUUAAGGGAAGAAGGAUUUCAAUAUGAAAAUGAAAAAUCCGAUUCGAAUAUUUUCCCAUCCCUAGAUGAAAUAAUAAGAGACGGAGAUCCCUCCACCAAUAUGCAUUUUUACAGAAGGAAAAAGUUAAAGAGCCCACUUUAUAGGGACCCUAACCGAUUUGUUAACGCUAGAAAGUUCAUCGAGAAUUACAAUAAAAGGGCUCCACCAGAUAAGCAGAUAAAUUAUGACUUGUUCAAGUGCGACAUGUUUUACGUGCACUCGGAUGGAACUAUAAUGAAUAUCGAGGAGAACAGACCCCCUUACGACAAGAAGCUAGAGGAGAGCGAGCGAGAUAAGGAACCCAGAUUCGUCAUCAUGGCAGCGCCCGGACAUGCCAAGGAACGUAACUUAAAGGUUGGCGACAAAUUCCCGAUCAUCAACGAAGAGCAGAAGAAGCUCCUGUUCGACAACCACUUCGCAAAGCCCAAAAAAAUUAGGGACCCUCUGGUCCUCCCGGAUGGACGCAAAAUUCCCUAA